UUAUUGGCUCUUCAUGUAUGGGUUUUUAUAAAUACAGGACCUUCAGCAACUAAGUUUCAGGCAGCUUUGUUAGGAUACAAUAGAACUAUGGAUCUGACAUUGUUUAAGCAAAUCGUUAAAGUUUGUCCGGGAGGAGACUGUGUUAAAUAUUGAUGUGAUUCGGGUAUAUACCUUUAGUAUUUACCAAGACCUAUUGUUGCAUUUGCCUGGACGUGUACGCGACCUCGUAUAGGAUUUAAUUGAUUACCGUACUAUUGUGACACGUUUGUGGGGCUGCCUACGGACUCAUCAUAUUGUUUUUAGUCAUUUACCUUUUUCCCUCGAUGCCACUGCCGCGCAUCUUUUCAAAAGGUUCUUGUUACAGUCAGCGUGAGUGAUGUAGACAAAUCCAAACAUGCUCCCCAGGAUUAGAACAUCGAUACAGGAGUAGGUUGUGUCCCGCUUGAAUGUUAUUCCCUUUGUGGAGUUUUGUUCUAUUGGUUGCUGGUUAAAUGCAUGAGUAACCAACAUUAUUGUACGUGAUCUAUUAUAGGAAUCUGGAAAUUGCAAAUUUGGCCAGGCAGUAUUUAUUAAUGUGCAAAACUUGAAUUUUAAAGUGUUUAAUAUUGUGCGAGGAUGUAAAUUUUUGUUCUCUCUAACCAGUUUGGAUGAGGAAUCGCACAUGAAAAGCUUUCCCUUGGGAUUUUUUGUAGCCAAGGAAUAACCGUCUUCUGAGAAAGAUUCUUCACCGAAAUAUUGAUCAUAUUAAGGGAUUAAACAGAAAAUGUCGAGUCUCUGCUGUGGUGAUUGACCGAAAAAUAAUUUUAAUUAAUCGUGUCUGUAGUCCUUCUUCUCUGCCAUCACGGGCCUUAUACUUAAGGACUGCUUCUCUGGGCUUAAUCAGAAUGUGCCCUCGUUUUAGCCAAGGUUUUCCUGUUGUCGACACGGGUCAACGAUGAAAUGCACCUUCUUUGGAAAGAAAUCUGUGUCCAAAGAAGAAUUAUACGUAAAAGAGGAAGAAAUGAUGCUUGAUAGUGUUCUAGGGAGUUUCGCCACGUACGCCCGGCUGAAAGGCCGUUAUGACGACGAUUGGAUAGAUAGACUGAAUCAUCUGUACACCACCAUCAUCUUCAUUAUCUUUACAAUCGUCGUCAGCACCAAGCAAUAUGUUGGGGAACCAAUUCAUUGCUGGUGCCCAGCCGAAUUCAUGGAAUCGAUGGUGGAUUAUACGAACAAUGUCUGCUGGAUCCAGAACACGUACUACGUCCACCUGGAUGACGAUAUCCCCAAAUCCCAGCAUGCUCGGGAAGAUCGUCAAAUUACGUAUUACCAGUGGGUACCAAUGAUUCUGCUUUUUCAGGCCUUGUUGUUUAAGGUCCCGUGUAUUCUAUGGCGAAUAUUGACUGCUUCCGCCGGGGUCAAUUUGGAUAAGAUUGUGACGUUAGCGGCGGAAACGCAGUACAUUUCACCCGAAGAUCGGGAUAAGACGAUUCGACAUAUCGUCCGCUACAUGGACCGGUGGUUAGAAAACGCCAGGGAAUACCGAUCGGGAUGCUUUAUAAGGCUCCGACAGACGAUAUCCAAGUAUUGUUGUAUUGUCUGCGGUAAAAGAUACGGGAAUUAUCUCGUUACUAUAUACAUGAUAAUUAAAUUGUUGUAUAUGACUAAUGCAAUCGGUCAACUAUUCAUCCUCAAUGAGUUUCUGGGAACAAAUUACAAUGCUUAUGGGUUAGAGGUGAUGCAGCAUUUGGCCGAGGGAACGGAGAUGGUGGAUUCUGAGCGAUUCCCUCGGAUAACUCUCUGUGAUUUUAAAGUACGAAGACUUGCAACCGUGCAACAAUACACCGUCCAGUGUGUGUUGCCAAUUAAUCUUUUUAAUGAAAAGAUAUUCAUUUUCAUUUGGUUUUGGCUAGUGUUUGUUGCAGUGUUGAGUUCCGCUAAUUUCCUUAUAUGGUGUUAUACAAUGAUAUUUAGACAGCACAGAGUACGAUAUCUUAAGAAAUUUUUGCGCAUUAAUGAUUGCUACAAGUCAGAACUUGACAAAAAGAUGUCUGUUAAGUUUGCCGAGCAAUACCUGAGACAAGACGGAAUUUUCGUCUUAAGACUUGUAGGAAAAAAUGCCAAUGACGUAUUAGUUAGCGAAAUAAUACUUCAACUUUGGACUCAUUACAGAAGCAAACCACUAUUUAAACACGCCAACCAGAUGAGUGACGAUAACAGUAAUGUAUGACUAACCGCGCAAAAACUCCUCAAGUUAGUGAAAAGUCAGUAUUUGAUGUAUCCCUGCCAAGAUGGUACUCCUAAUUGUGACGUCAUAAAGGUAGACAUGUCAUCAAACGGGUACCUGCGAAACGAACAGUUCGAGACGGAAGUCUAAGACAGGUGUAAUGUCAUGAAACGUCCACGAUUCUUGUUAGUUCUAUCUAUUUCAUAUGAUUUAUAUAGAAUGGAUAUAUGCAAAACAAUAUGCAUCUGUGUUAUGUUGUAGCAAUAAGAAGUUACAAUUUUAAGAAAAAUUUUCUUAAGUUUAAUUUUCAUAUAUUCAGCUCCCAGUAACUGUGGAUUAUGUAAACAAUGAAAUUGUACAGAAAUCUUUUUUAAGACUUUGUAAACAGUGCCUGUAACAAAUAUUCCGCUAUACUAGUGAUUAAGUUAAUCAAAGAGUAUGAAAGUUCAAGAUUAAACAGGACAGUUUCCUUAAAGGGACAUAUAAAACAUUCCAUCUGGUCUAUGAUUCCUAUUAAGGCGAUUUUUAAAUUUAAAGAAAACAGGGGAUGAAAAACAUAUAUGAACAAAAACGUACUUUUUGAUAAGAAAAUAAAAAAAAUGUAUUAAAGUUAUAUUUGUGACAAAAUAAUCACAUACCCUUUAUUCAGAAAAUGAUUGGAUUUGAUGCCCAAAAUUUUUAUCUGAGCCAAAUAUCUUACAAAAAUAUAAUACUCAGCCUCAUUUAGACUAUCAAAUUUAUUUCAAUACACAUAACAGGCAAUAUUAAAACAAAAAAUGUUAAUCGUAAUAUUCGAAUACACACAUCAGAUGUGCAGGUGUAUCGGUCUACAAAAUAUUGCCAAAAUUACCCCACUGCCAAGAAUUCCUGGAACAGUGUUCCAGAAAGUUUUAUGAUAAUUAUCCAAAGGCAGUUAAUUUUUACCUCCCUUCGUAUUUUGUAAAGCGCAGCGUAUUCGAUGAUUUGCUUUUUUACCUUUUAAAAGUUGUUUUAAACUCCACGGGGUGACGAAUUCCCAUGGAGUCCACAUAUGAAUAAUUUAUAAUAUGACAUUACGUAUCUCUUGUGAGCACUCGUUUGGAUUCUUAUUUUUGCUUGAUGAAAAUGUCACAUUUAUAGUAUAAGCUGAAAAGUAACAACAGAAGAACCCUAAAAGCGUUCUCCUAAGCAAUCGGGGUGUAAAGUUCUGAACAUUUAGGAGGAGCUAUUUUAUCUGACCUGAAGAAUAAUGCUUACGAUUUCGUCAGUUACUAUUUAUAAAAAAGUGAAUAAACACAGAAGCCGUAUUGGGCCUGUAAUUUCGUGAUUUUGAAAACAUAAUCAAUUAUUAAAACGCCACUUUAUUGUUAGCUAUCUAGUUGCAAUAAUGAGGUUUUAACACAUUCAAUUUUCACUGGAAAAUUUUUUAUUCUUACCAUUUUUUGACACAAAAUGUCCUUGUAUUUAAGCUUAAAGAAGAGAUUGUUAUUUUCAUAGAACAUUUUAUUUGUAUUUUACCACUUUUCGGUCACUUGAGCCUUACGAAAUGACACGUUUGGUACCAUUGAGUACCCUUUGAUCUUAUUCUUUAUGUCUCUUGAAUUAACUCUCAAGAGUUUGCAUAUGCAAAACAGUCAGAUGAAUCAAUAAGCUCGGUAGAUAUUGAUUAGGACUUUUCAGAAGUCUUAUUUAGUUUUGCCGAUCUGUGAUGAUUAAGUGCUUAGAAUAAAUCAAUUGUUUUAAUGUUUUAUUGUUAAUGCAUACUACAUUUCAUCACAGUCAGUGUUUGUAUAAAGAAACCGUAGGUGGAAGUUCUGAAUAUUUAGUCACGCUGUAUAAGAAAUACACUGUAUACCUUCUUUAGUCCAUUACCUGGUGAUAAAAUAUUGAAUAUUUUCUUCAAAGAACUUCUCCGCUAGUGUUUAAUUUUAUUCACAUAUUUCCCUCCGUGUUUAGUGACUCUUCUGAGAGAUUUAAAAAUAUAACAAAUGUAUUCCAAGAAGAAUUCCAUUCUAUCAGUAUUUUUGUUUUUUGUUUAGAAAAAAUUUAUUCAAGAAUUGAUAGCUAUGGAAUUGAAGAAGAAAAUUGUUUUAGCUUCGCAGUAUUAUGUAACGUUAACUUGUUAGGACUGUAGAAAACUGUUUGGUGCACCACUUCUCCUAUUCUCGUGAUCUAGAGACCUCAUGAUGUAUUUAUCUAAAAUUCCCCAACCAGGGAAAAGGUAAAUACAGAUAUACAUCUCUAGCGUCAUCUUAGAAGAAUUGGUGCACAGGUGAGCAUUACUAGCUGAUUGAAAUUAUGGUUCGAAAAUAUUUAUGACAGUGUUGAAUACCUUAUUCAAAAACCCUUAAUCCUAUAUCUGUGUUGCAUAAUACAAGACCGUUGUUCCUAAUUGACACUGUUGUACCUGUACAUAUCCUGGUUGUGAACGACCAUACAAUACCUUCAGUUCUGAUUUUCAUUUAUCGGACUUUGUGAAAUACUGUAGUUGGUAGAACCUGAGAGUUAUAUAGUUGUUGUCGUGUAGAGGUAAAUAUGAAAAAAAAAUGUUCACCACUUCCGAAUUAAGUCGUCACGUUUUUUGUUAUAGAUCUCAUGCUGUUUUUAGUAAGCAUUGAUACAAGUGCAAUAAAUAUACUGGAGGUCAUGCCAAGUUAGGCUACUUUUAAGUUCUAUAAAUUCUGAAAUUGAAAAACAUUAACACUGCGAAUUCUUUUCCAAAACUUUGUUGCAAAAGUGCCAAACGUGAUCAAUUUGACACGUAACUCUUUUCUAAUAAUAAAUACCCAUGGUCGGAUUUAUUUAUUCAUGUUGGUUAAUAUAUGAAUAUUGGUGCAAAUGGACGGUCAUUUCCAAAUAUAUGGAAGUAGUAAAUUCCUGUAUAUUAUAUACUCUGAUCCUCUAAAAUGAUAAGUGUAAGAACUUAGGAAUGACUUGGCAUGAUCUAUUAAUAUACAUAUUGUAGCUAACCUUUUUCAUUCAUUAUUUAGUUUUUCUUUGUUAUUAUUAUGAUUCUAUGCAAUACCAGCAUAGUAUAUAUUAAUGAUGCUAAUUGUGCAUUGCUAGUCAACUUAGUAAAUUGUUAUAUAAUUUUUUUUUUCAAUUCUGAGUAAUAUUUCAUUUAUAGAAUGAUAAACAUAUACUUUUUGACGAUUAACUAAAUACAAUAUUUGCAUGAAAAGGACCUCAUUGUCCAAGAAAUCGUGGUUAAAAAAAAAUUAAAAAUCAAUCCUUAUAUGUACCUUUUGUGAUAGCCUCGAAUGGCACCACCAAUAAAAAGUACGCAUGCUCAGAAAUGGUUUUUUUCUGUAAUUGAUUUAAGGUAGCAUGACUACAGUCAUUCUUUUUUAUCUAAAGAAAAAUCAUUGAAAUUAAGAUGUACGGUCUCCAUCUGUUGGUAUGGGCGUAAUGAAUUGUUUUUUCUCCUUCCACUCUCCGAAGCGUUGCUAUUUAUGUAGAUGGCUCUCAAUCACAGAUAAGUUUUGGUACGGUUUGUCGUGACUUUAACACAUUUCUUAGUUUUUCUGCUUUAAAAUAAGUUGCUCGCCUUGAGGAAAUUUGAGGCACCCAUUGGGAGGUUAGAAAUAACUGUAUAUGUUAUUUUCUCUCGCAAAACAUCACGUUCUGACCCGUUAACUUUGCCAAAUGUUCAUGCACUUUGUUUCAUUUACUACUGUGAAUUUUUGUGUACUAGAGUACAGAUUUUCAGGUAUUAGUGUAGAUUUAUUCAUUACGUUUGAAGUGAAAUGUUAAGGUUUCAUUGUGAAUUUUGUGUACAUAUAGUCUUCAUUUAUGGUCAUCUGUUCCAGUGUUUUUUUACCAUGAAUAAACAAGACCAAAGUGGUA